CUUUUUGUACUUAAGUUCCGACUUUGUCGGUAACUUAAGUACAAAAAGGAAUAUGACAAAUUUCUGCAGUGGAUGGAAGUUAACCGUAUGGAUAGUAAAAACACGAGUGAAACUGUAAUGUUGGCGUAUUUUCAAGAGAUGUCUGAAUUGUAUAGUCCUAAUUCGCUGUAGACUAAGUGGUCAAUGUUAAAAUUGAUGAUGAGAAUACAUGAUGACAUAGAUGGAAGUGAAUUUCACGAAUUGGAAGCGUUUCUCAAACGCAAAAGUAAAGGCUAUGAGCCAAAAAAGUCUCAAGUGUUUAGUCGGGAAGAUAUUGUCAAAUUUUUGAAGAAUGCGUCUGAUCAAAAAUACUUACUUCAUAAGGUAGUUUUGAUUAUGGGUUAUUUCGGGGGCUGUAGAUGUCAAGAACUUUUGAAUAUGAAAAUUAAUCACAUCGAAGAUAGGGGCUCUGUUAUGGUGGUUGACAUUCCGGAAAGUAAAACAGAUAUUCGUAAGAGAUUUACUAUUGUGGAAGAAAACGAGUUCUCUGCAUUGAGUCUAGUGAGGAAGUAUAUGCUUCUACGUCCAUCGGGCCCGGAAAGAUUUUUUCUAACGUAUCGAGGAAAACGUUGCUCAGUUCAACCGGUUGGAAAAAAUACAUUCGGGAAAAUUCCAAGCAAAAUUGCUAGUUUUUUGGAAUUGUCGAAUCCAGAAGCAUUCACAGGACAUUGUCUGCGAAGGACUUCUGCGACUGCCUUGGUCAAUGCAGGAGCAAAUAUGACAACAUUGAAGAGACAUGGUGGAUGGCGAAGUUCAACGGUGGCAGAAGGGUAUUUGGCCGACAGCAUGGAAUUGAAAAACAAAACUGCAAGAAUGUUAGCUGGCAUGUCAGAUGAAAGAAGGGAAACAACUUCAUGUUUGAAUACAGUCAUUAACAGUGACAACCGUUUAAUAGAAAAUCCUUGCAAUUCGGGUAACAACUUUAAUGGUAAAUUCGACAACUGUCGGUUUAUUUUUGUGAACACUUUAGAGGGAGUUAAAGAUCUAUAACUGCCCUGUUUAACUCCCAAGGGAGUUAUGACAAUGUUUAUAGUUACGGUAACUAAGCAUUUAUGCCUUUGUAAUGUAUCAGUAUGAAAUAAAUAAAAUUAUA